GCAAGAAAAGAAAAUUAAGAUUACGAGAGUUAUUGGAAAGCAAAAAAAUGAAACGAAGCACGAAGCGUGGUCCGAAGUGGUACAGUGAAGAAGAGAAGCAGGUGGCUGAACUUCUUCUUGAGUUUCAUGAUUCAGAACCUAACUCAUUCAUAUGGGGUAGUAUCUUUGGAACAUGGGGCCGCACAAAAAAGAGAUCCACAUUUGUAGACUUUCCUCCACCGUCCGUUAUGCCAAUGUCAUUGCAAUGCGGUGGUGGCGCCCUUUCACAUGACGCCAAAACAGUGUUUAAAGGCAAGGUUUCAAGUCUUUGGAUGCCUCUCUUCCUUUCGCCCGCUGAAUCCAACCAGAUAUCCUGUGCUUCCCGUAAAAAACUUUCCCUAAAGAUGAACGGCUCCAAGGAUGAAUACAAAACGAAAAGGUCCACUCCAGAAUGUGGGUCGUCAAAGCAAUUUCAUGUGAAUGUGAAGGUCAACUCUUCUGACUCCAAGACUCCGAAUGAGAAGCAAAAACAGCCUCAGCGUCAGCAAGUGCAAACCCCACAUAUAUCUCUGACGAUGCCCAAUCACAAUCUGACGUGUGGAUCAUCGGGUUUUGUCGUGUCUUCUGGUCUCCCAACGACGUCGUUGCAAGUGCCAUUCUCUUCAUCUAAUGGACUGGGCCAUGUCAUUGCUAAUGUGGGCCCACCGGCCCUACCGGAUCUAAACUUGAGUCCAGAAAAGUUAUCCCCAAUGGGCUCGUCUGAAGAGUGUGAUGAGGCCACGGCACUGAGGAAUUUAAAUAGAGCCAUUGCCGCUGAAGCCAGGAUGAGGAGGGCUUUCAUUUGCAAGCAAAACAAGAUUCGUGCGAACAGUAAACCACCUCGUUCCUCAUAG